AAUCAGAAAGUCUUCUAAUUGCUUAAAUCCAUCUGAAAAACCCCCGAACAAAUCUCAGUCAUCUUCUUCCCGAGACAAAUCACAAAUUUCACAGAGGAGGAGAGAGAAAGUAGCUCGAUGGCGGAAGAUCUCGUAUUAGAUACAACGAUUAGAGACUGGGUUUUAAUACCCUUAUCAGUCGUCAUGGUUCUCAUUGGGAUUCUUCGUUACUUCGUCUCUAAGCUCAUACGCACCUUCCAAAACCCUGACGGCAAGAUCGUCAAAGAAGGGCAAGUUGUAAUUAGGGCGAGGAAUUUGAGGUCCUCUGCUGAUUUCAUCCCUCCCAAAUCGUUUCGUGCUCGCCGUACCUAUUACAGCAAUGAGGAGAAUGGAAUUCUACAUGUUCCCAAAGGCCAAGCUCCAAAUCCCCAAGCUCAAAUGUUCUCUGACCCAAACAUGGCCAUGGAUAUGAUGAAGAAAAAUCUAUCAAUGAUUAUACCUCAGACGCUCACUUUUGCUUUUGUGAACUUCUUCUUCUCUGGGUUUGUGGCAGCCAAAAUCCCUUUCCCUCUGACUCAGAGGUUCAGGUCAAUGCUUCAGAAUGGUAUAGACUUGAGCACUGUUGAUGUGAGCUAUGUCAGCAGCCGAUCAUGGUAUUUCCUCAACUUAUUUGGACUUCGGGGUUUGUUCAGCCUAAUUCUAGGGGAGGAGAAUGCUAUGGAUGACACACAACGCAUGAUGCAAAUGGGUGGAUUUGGCUUUGACCCAUCAAAGAGCUUGGGCGCUGAGAAAGACAGCCUUGACAUUGUUCAGCAUGAUUGGGUCCUUCCCAAAUUUGAGCAGCGAGCUGAGGCAGUCUUAAGGAAACUUGCUAAGUAAGGAAAACCUCAAAGCUUCCUUAGGUGCCUUACGGAAAUUCUUAAGCGUUUAGAAUGACAUUCAAGUUCUAUACAUUGAGCAAGUAUAUUCACUACUAAAAGUCAAAUUUUGUUAUGAGGAGGCUAAUCUGGAUUCAGGUGCUCCCCUGAUUUUCUGAUUUUGGAACAGCUUCCUAUCUUUGAUAUUGUUGACACUUUUUAUCAACCAAAUUUGUAAUUAUUUUUUAUGCACGAAUGUUUUUUAUUCUCGAAUAUCAUAUGUCAUCUUGUAUAAGAAAUUCCUAGGUAAUUUACUGCUUCACGCAAAUGUAAUUCACAUAGUCUGUUCACGUUAGAUUCAUGUUCCGAUUGCAAAAUAUUUUUCCUUCUGGCCAAUGACAGCUUUCUAUUUUGAGGUGA